GCAGGAACGGGCCGUCCCACAACGAGGCGCGUCCGUGGUGGGGUGUCAGCCGCGGCUUAUCUGGCGACUUUAUGUAUAUUACGAUACCCGAGGCAGGAACACGAGCAGUUCACUGCUGGCUAACCGGUCGGAGAAGUCGGUGAAGCCGAGUCGUCCGCGUGGCGCACCGAGAAAGCCGUCGAACGCACGGGAGAAAGAGUGGAAAAGCGUGUUCGUUCAACUUUUCAAACAAGAGAAACCGUGCCCCUGUUAUUAUUUUUACUUUUUCGCUUUUCUUCCGCGUUUGUUGCCGCGCGCGCGUAAAUAACGUCGCGCGGGUCUCACGUCCGUCGCGGGUAAGAACCGUCGUGUACACGACGUGUCAACGUGGUCCACGAAUCGGCCAGGCAAUUCGACAGGCAGAUCGAGCGGGACGUAUCGAUACUGCUCAGCGAUCUCUGCUCCUUCGAUCCAGGAUGAUUGUCCUCGCGUGGUGCCUCUUCGUCAUCGUUUCGUUUCUCGUUGCGAGAAAUCAGGCUUUUCUCAAUGCGCCCAUACCAGCUCACGCGGUGUCGAGUUACAGCAUCGGUGCUGACAGACGAAUGGAGAGCAAUAAAGCGACUCACGGUACAAAUGACAAUCGGAGUCACUCGGUCGACUCGAAAUCCAACGACGAUGACGACGACGACCGCGAGACGGUCUAUGUGAUUGCAUUCGAGGGAAAACAGGAAAGUACGGAGAAAGAAAGAGACGCGGCAGAGAAUGGUCCCCAUUUUGUUAUAGUCAACAGCGACCUGCAGAACCCGCUGGAUCCAUGGUCGAUAGUCUGGUACAUCGGCUCGUUCGGCGGCCUGGUGGCAUUCUUCCUCAUUGUCAGCUGUUCCGAGUGGUGCUGUCGACGAGGCGGACGACCCUUGACGGUGCCCUACGCGCAACGUGCGGAGACGAUAAAUACGACCGGUGUUACAGAGACCCCGCCGCCGCCCUAUCACCUGUUCGCCCCGCCUUCUUAUGAUUCCGUCAAUUACAGUGAGAUCGACAAGGCGUCCGGAGAGAAGUUGGACAUCUACGUGAUCUCGGUGCCGAUCCACAGGCCGAUGGUGCAGGCGCCAGCGUAGGAAAUCGCGGAAAGGCCCAUCCUCUUGACGAGGAUCACCGUGCCCAAUUCAAUGCCGACGACGGUCAACAAUCGAUCGCGGAGAAGCGAUCUCGCGAUCCCUUCGUUAAAAUCGCCGACAAACUCGAUGCUGAAGAGGACCGUUCGAGAAAGAAGGGUGGUGGUUUCAGACGCCAUCGUUGCAAUUAUAUAUCGAUAGAGGUGAUAUGUAUGUUUCAUCACACAGCGGAAAAGUUAUCUCACCCGAUGUCGUUGACAAAGAAUGACGAGCAUUCGCCGAAGCACUGAUGUCAUUCCGUCAAAUUAAAUAAAACAUUUUUCGCAUUUCCAUGGAAAAGUGACAGAUGCAUCGAAUUCUGAGGAGAAAUUGUGCAACAAAUUGUCAUCCCACGUGUUGAUCUCAUCGAAGAAAGAUCACGACGAUGAAGAAGAUCACGUCGAUCGAAGCUUCGAUAUAGUUCCAGAUAGAAUUUAAUUUUAUAUCGUUCCAGGAAAUUCAGUCAGUUUUCCACGGUCUCACGUGAGAUUUCUACGACUAACAAUCUGUGGAAAUUAUUAUCAACAUUUUCCUGGAAUUAACGGGAGGAAGAGGUGACGACUAAUGCGAUAUUAUAAAAGUCUAAGUCAAUAUUUGUGCGAAAGAUUCGUAUUAUCGCAGCGGUAAUAUAUCGAAAUGACACUUAGUUAUAUGUACACUAGGUAUAUGAUAAAAAUCGAGGACUUAAAUAUUCGAGAUAAAGUAUGAAGAGUUAGUAAGAAGGCAGAAGAUAGAAGUUAGUAAGAAGAUAGUUCGUAUGAGAAAAGACAUGUUCGUGAAUUUUCCUUAAACUGAUGAACAAGAUGAACUUUAAAAUAUGAUUUAAUUGUAGAGCAAUAAUUAAUUUAAUCGGCCUGCGGAAAAUGGUGAAUCGAAACAUGCGAACAUGAAAAUAUAAUCGUCAGUGCGCGUGUGGAAACAUUGAUUGUCUUGCACGCACGAUGUCAAAGGAUAUAACAAAUAUAGUGGCAGAGCGUGUAAACACAUUUCAGAGCAUUUAAUAUAUACAUAUACACAUGGAAUAAAAACAAUUCUGUGAAUCACUGCCAUUCCGAAAUGGAAUUAAUCACGAUUUAGCUCUUAAAUUCAGAUUUGAUAUAUCGAGAUUUUUUUUACUGUACACUAUAGAAAUAUUGAUUCUUUAAAAAUAAAUCUCGAUAGAUCUGCUAUACGCAUACACAAACAAAUAAACACAUACAUACACAACGAGAAAGUUUGAAAGAUUUCCGUUUUAUUCCUCAUCACAAUCGAUGAUAUCACUCUCGUCGAUCUGCCCACUGUCGCUGGCGAAUUCGUGUGAGAUGUAGCAGAACUUGGACUUACACGUGAUAUUGUCGCAUGCGAUUGGCUCCAAUCGCCUAUCGAUUUCGUCAAUUAAGGACGAUUAGUGUAGAUUACAAAUCGACUGCCAUGAGAAGUGUCUCCCCGCGAACGAGGCCGCGAAAAUAAUUUAAGAUAAAGCAGAAAUAGCACGAGCGAGUGUUCGUGUCGCGCGUGCAAAACAAGUACGCGAGUGCGGUUAAGCGAUAAGGAUGAAGGAGCAGAACAGACGUCGUAGCUCAUCGCGUGAACAGCGAACCGCGGACAAUCAAUUGCUAAUUAACGUUGCGCUCACGACGGAAUUCCGCGCGGCUCCUCGCCGUCAGAGAAUACGCCUCUGAUGGCAAAAUCGGAUUUCGUAAGCACGCGAUACCGUUGGUGAUCCUGUUAUGACGAAUCCUCGAUGGGACAAAGCCCGAUCGAAUGUGCCAUGUAAUUCUCUGGACUAGAAGAGAUUCAUAGUCAAAUUGAUCGUGUGUCGUUUACGUUAGUACCAGAAGCAUAAACGCGUGUAACGUGUGUGUAACUAAGCGUGUAACGAAAUCUCGACCCGGUGCUCGAGUCUGUUAUAGAUAAUAUUUCAUUUUGCUUAUGAUAAAAAGGAAAAAAAAA